AUGGCGUGGCAGUAGCAGUGGUGGUCUAGCUGUGUGUGAGCCGGUGGACGGCUCUGGGUCUGGUGUGAGAGGGACGGAGCGAGGAAGAGUUUGUGGAGAUGAAGGUGGGACAGAAGAACUCGGUGUGUAUCCUGUCCAGUCGAGAGCGAGGAGAACGAGGCCUUUCCUCACACAGGAUCCUGCAGCAGCUUGUGGAGGAGAAGACACAGCGCAUGAAAUGGCAAAGCCAGAAAGUGGAGUUACCAGACAGCCCCCGCUCAACCUUUCUUCUGGCCUUCAGUCCUGAUAGGUCUUUAAUGGCCUCGACCCAUGUGAACCACAACAUCUACAUCAUAGAGGUUAAGACAGGAAAGUGUGUUCACUCUCUAGUGGGUCACCGCCGGACACCCUGGUGCCUGACCUUUCACCCUAGCAUCCCUGGUCUUAUUGCUUCUGGCUGCCUGGAUGGAGAGGUUCGAAUCUGGGACCUGCAUGGAGGCAGUGAGAGCUGGCUCACAGAGAGUAACUCAGCAAUUGCAUCCCUUGCUUUCCAUCCUACUGCUCAGCUGCUGCUCAUUGCCACCAACAAUGAGCUGCAUCUAUGGGACUGGAGUCGGAAGGAGCCCUUUACUGUGGUGAAGACUGCUAGCGAGACAGAGAGAGUCAGGUUGGUGAGAUUUGAUCCAUUGGGUCACUAUAUUCUAACUGCCAUUGUAAACCCUUCAAACCAACAGAAUGACGAUGAUCCUGAGAUUCCAAUGGACAGUGUGGAGAUGCCUCAUCUCCGUCAGCGCUCUUUCCUCCAUUCCCAGCCUGUAAGACGCACACCCAUCUUGCACAAUUUUUUGCACAUCCUCACUUCCCGCAACUCCGUCCCUCAGUCUGGAGGCACUCUUGCUGCUUCCAGUGAUGAGGCCUCUGAUUCGUAUGGGCGUUACACUGUUUUGAGGGAUCGAUCCCGACUGCCAUACCAUGGUUGCGUUCAGUCACUCGGAGUAGUGUGUUUCUGUAGCCGUUGCUCAUCAACACGGGUUUCGUCUCCGCCUGAUGAGGACCCUUCCGACUCCGCCUCCUUGGAGGGACAAUCACAUGCAUCUACCUUUUCUUCUGCUCGCACAGAGCCGCGAAUACCACGGUUUCCUGUUGAAUCUCAUGCUUCAAAUCGGCCCUCAGCAUUUAGCUGCGUGUAUGGUGGCGGGAGCAACGUGCGGAACAUUUCUUCUAGCUCUGGGAGGAGGGGAGUGGCUGGAAUGGCACCCAUCCCACCUUUCCGGCAGCAACCACCAGGCAGGGAAGAUGGAGGCCGUCUCCCUGGGCCAGACUGGAUAGGCUGUGUGCUUAAUGGACGAGGUAGUAGUAUGACUCCACCCAGAACCAGCGCUUCCUCUGUCAGCCUGCAUUCUGUCCUGCGACAACAAGGGACUUUUAGCCAGUCACCUGUUUACACCUCAGCUAGUGAUGGAUUGGGCCAUUCUCAUAGCAGCGGCAGCACAUCAGGGACUAGUUCUAGCAGGCAGCGCCCACCAGAGGAAGCGGGGCACAGCAGCCCUUCUUUCAUCCGCAAUGUUCUUCAGUGUAACCUUAACCGCUAUUUCAUGGAGUGUGAGCGAAUGCAGGACCUGGUGCAGCCUCUAGAGGGCAACAGGCAGGACCAGCAGACUCAGGAAAUGCUGAAUAACAACAUGGACCCAGAGCAACCAGGUCCAUCUCAUUACCAGCCACUCUCCAGUGACGAAAACCCUUCACGCAGUCACAUGAACCGCUGUAGAGUCUGCCACAACCUUUUCACCUACAAUCAGGGUACUAGGCGCUGGGAGAGAACAGGUCAGCCGACAUCUGCUGAGAGAAAUGCAGCUUGGCAACCUACUAGUCCUGCCCUCCACAGUGUAGCCCCAGUCUCUCACUCUGAUCAUGACCUACUGGAACACAGACCCAUGGAGCCCAGCCCAGACGCCCCAGAGCCUCAUGUUCCCUUUUCCCGCAGCACAGCAACUGGUCAGCAGGAGGAGCAGACUAUUGGGCUGGUCUUCAACCAGGAAACUGGACAACUAGAGCAUGUUUACAGGCAGUCCGCCACCUCUCGCUCAACAAAUGUAUCACAAGAAGCCAUAAACCAGGAAAUGCCUGAAGACACACCAGAUGACGAUUACUUACGCAGGAGGUUGCUGGAGUCGUCCAUGAUGUCUCUUUCCAGAUAUGACGUCUCUGGAUCACGAGACCACCCCAUCUAUCCCGAUCCGGCCAGGUUGUCCCCUGCAGCAUAUUAUGCACAGCGUAUGAUCCAGUAUCUGUCUCGGCGUGACAGCAUUCGCCAGCGCUCUCUGCGCCCCCCCAGCAGACCCCGACACCUGUCCUCCAAUCCCAGCAGUCUCUCCCCUGGCCCUGCCCCCAGCAUGGAGAACAACGAAGUUGACUUUGAGGAGUUUGAGGACAAUGGAAGCAGACAUAGGGCUCCUCGUAACGCACGCAUGUCUGCCCCCUCCCUUGGUCGCUUUAUGCCCAGGCGGUUCCUCUUGCCGGAGUUUUUGCCGUAUGCUGGAAUCUUCCAUGAGCGAGGGCAGCCGGGCCUGGCAACACACUCAUCCGUCAAUAGGGUCCUCGCAGGUGCUGUUAUUGGGGACGGUCAAUCUGCAGUGGCCAGCAACAUAGCUAACACAACGUAUCGUCUGCAGUGGUGGGACUUUACCAAAUUCGACUUGCCCGAGAUCAGUAAUGCGUCGGUAAAUGUGUUGGUGCCCAACUGUAAGAUCUACAAUGACGCGAGCUGUGAUAUCUCAGCGGACGGGCAGCUGCUGGCUGUAUUCAUUCCCAGCAGUCAGAGGGGUUUCCCUGAUGAGGGCAUCUUGGCUGUGUACUCCCUGGCCCCACACAACCUGGGAGAGAUGCUCUACUCCAAGAGAUUUGGUCCAAAUGCCAUCUCUGUCAGUUUGUCUCCGAUGGGUCGUUACGUGAUGGUGGGUCUGGCAUCUCGCCGCAUCUUGCUGCAUCAGAUCACUGAUCACAUGGUGGCACAGGUUUUCAGACUGCAGCGACCCCACGGAGGAGAGACAUCCAUGAGGGUACGUCACUCUUACAGUGUUGUAGUCAUGACCAUCUCAUUGGAGUCUCAGUCAUGCUCCCAGAAUGAAGGUCAACCUUUCUUCUUCUUGCACAGUAUAUGUGACAUUGUCGUUGAGCUUUACCUGGAUUGCAAGCACUUUCUCUUUACAUUACAUUACAUUACAUUACUUUCUCUUUCUUUGUCUGCCUAUGUAUGUGACCAUGGAAAUAUCCCAUCCAGUGACAUACACUCAGAUGGCAACGGCACUUCUGAACGCUCUGAGAGAAUGUUCACCAUCAAUAAUGGUGGAGGGGUUGGAACCAGUAGCAGCAGGGGUGGAGACAGAGCAGGGAGCAGCAGGACUGAUUGGAGGCCCCGCAGAGAGAUGGGUCUGAUGAAUGCGAUUGGUCUGCAGCCACGACAUCCUGCCCCCACUGUUACAUCACAGGGGACGCAGACACAGACUCUGCGGCUACAGAAUGCAGAGACACAAACAGACCGUGAGCUUCCAGACGAACUUCCGCAGCCCAGCACUUCUCAAGGGUCACAGGUUACUGAUGCCACAGACACUCUGGAUUUAGAGAUUCUCCCAGAGGAUUCUGGGUCUGAGGUGGUACCAGAGACACCCCCCCACAGUCGACCUCAGGAAGAUUGGUCAGAUCUCACUGAACCCAGCACAGAAUCAAGUGGUCAGACUGAGUAUGUUUCUCGUAUCCGAAGACUAAUGGCUGAAGGAGGGAUGACAGCGGUUGUCCAGCGUGAGCAGAGCACCACAAUGGCUUCCAUGGGCAGCUUUGGCAACAACAUCAUCGUCAGCCACCGCAUCCACCGUGGCUCCCAGACAGGAGCGGACACACAAAGCCGUAGUGGUUUGAGCCCCACCCCUGGGCCCUCUUCUAGAGCCCAUGAGACUUUGGCUGGAGCUGCAGGUUCAUACUCCCACGUCCUCACCAGCACUCUGGGGCUUCAUGCGUGCAUAGCUCAGGGCACCUCUACAGAUAUAGAUCUAGCCCCCCUAGUAGAACAGGAAAGACUCCACACGUCCCUCCUUUCACAGGAGUUUUCACCUCUUUUCUCAUCUGCUCCAGACACGAAUGGACCUUCUGCUUCCAUGGAAACAGACAAUGUCAUGGAGGGGGAUGAGCUCCAAGACUUUGAAUCCCUCUCUCCAUCUUUACUUUCGUCCUCACCCUCUCUUUCUCCAGUGAGUAACAGUACCUACAGCAACAGCGACAGUAGUUACCACGGAGAAGAGUAUGGACGGUGAAAGGGGCGGAGUUUGGAGAGGAUUCAUAAUUUGAAACCAAAUGAGACGAGAAAAGACCACACAACAGAAACUUCCUGAAAUAUUUGCACUUGACCCAAGUGUUCCUUUCGUCUCGCCAUCAGCGAUCAUAUUUCGCAUCUGCUCUGACACAGUCUAGUAAAUAAUGAAAGGACAAAAAAGUAGUAGUUUCCUGCUCAGCUUAAACUCGCCAAUGAAUUUAGACCAUUCCACACUGUACUUUAAUCAGCCUUGCUGAAGUUUCAGGGGUCUCUGACUGCCUGUUGUCCAUCAUGAUCAAAGUGUUCAAAACAGAGCCACGUACCGAAAAGGAGCAGAGACAGAAGCAUCACUUUGCAGUCUUUAGUCUGUAGAGGAAUAUCAGUUCAACUAAACGCUUUGCUCCUCUACAUCCACGUUCAAAUGUAACAUUUCAGAUGCCAUUAGAAGCUGCUGCUUUGAGCAGAAACGUAAAAUCCCCUCAGACAAUCCAGUAGUUACAAAGCCUAGUCACAUUCUGCACGACUUGGUUAUGUUACUGUUGGUUAGACAGUAACAUAACCAAGAGUCAUUGCUGUUGAAGGAAGGACUAUUUUAGAUGACGACUGGUGCAUUUUAGUUCAUGUUUUUUAUGAAGUUGAA